AGCGUGCAGGGCGCAGACCCGGAGCAUCCCAGUGAGAAUGAGGUGGGGAGUUGGCCUGAGCGGGUUGCAGUUCACAGGCGGGCGGCCACUGCUGUGCCAGGGCAUGGAUUAAGAAGCCAGGAAGAUGGAGCGGUGUACAGUCGUCGCCCAGCCGGGUUUCUGGACCAGGGACACCAGCUGGACACUCGUCUAUUUUCUCUGCUACAUCCUUCCCCAGAGCGCCCCGCAAGUACUCAGGAUCGGAGGGAUUUUUGAAACUGUGGAAAAUGAACCUGUUAAUGUUGAAGAAUUAGCUUUCAAGUUUGCAGUCACCAACAUUAACAGAAACCGAACCCUGAUGCCUAACACCACAUUAACCUAUGACAUCCAGAGAAUUAACCUUUUUGAUAGUUUUGAAGCCUCACGGAGAGCAUGUGACCAGUUGGCUCUUGGUGUGGCUGCUCUCUUUGGUCCUUCCCAUAGUUCCUCCGUCAGUGCUGUGCAAUCUAUUUGCAAUGCUCUUGAAGUUCCACACAUACAGACCCGCUGGAAACACCCUUCGGUGGACAAUAAGGACUUGUUUUACAUCAACCUCUACCCGGACUAUGCAUCUAUCAGCAGGGCAGUCCUGGACCUCGUCCUCUAUUACAACUGGAGAACAGUGACCGUGGUGUAUGAAGACAGCACAGGUCUAAUUCGUCUGCAGGAGCUCAUCAAAGCUCCCUCCAGAUAUAACAUUAAAAUCAAAAUUCGUCAGCUGCCCUCUGGGAAUAAAGAUGCCAAGCCUUUACUUAAGGAGAUGAAGAAGAACAAGGAGUUCUAUGUGAUAUUCGAUUGUUCACAUGAAACAGCAGCUGAAAUCCUUAAGCAGAUUUUGUCCAUGGGCAUGAUGACUGAGUAUUAUCACUACUUUUUCACAACCCUGGACUUAUUUGCUUUAGAUCUAGAACUCUAUAGGUACAGUGGUGUAAAUAUGACUGGAUUUCGACUGCUUAAUAUUGACAACCCUCAAGUGUCAUCAGUUAUUGAAAAGUGGUCCAUGGAGAGAUUGCAGGCUCCACCCAGGCCUGAGACUGGGCUUCUGGAUGGCAUGAUGACAACUGAAGCAGCUCUGAUGUACGAUGCCGUGUACAUGCUGGCCAUCGCCUCCCACCGGGCCUCCCAGCUGACGGUCAGCUCCUUACAGUGUCAUCGACACAAGCCAUGGCGCCUUGGGCCCAGAUUUAUGAACCUGAUCAAAGAGGCUCGGUGGGAUGGCUUGACUGGUCGCAUCACCUUCAAUAAAACUGAUGGCUUAAGGAAGGAUUUUGAUCUGGAUAUCAUUAGUCUCAAAGAAGAAGGAACUGAAAAGAUUGGAAUUUGGAACUCCAAUAGCGGGCUAAACAUGACAGAUGGCAACAAAGAUAAGUCCAACAAUAUCACUGAUUCACUAGCAAACAGAACGCUGAUUGUCACCACUAUUCUGGAAGAACCGUAUGUGAUGUACAGGAAGUCUGAUAAGCCCCUUUAUGGAAAUGACAGAUUUGAAGGAUAUUGCCUGGAUCUGUUGAAGGAAUUGUCAAGCAUCCUUGGUUUCAUUUAUGAUGUCAAACUAGUUCCUGAUGGCAAAUAUGGAGCCCAGAAUGACAAAGGAGAAUGGAAUGGGAUGGUCAAAGAGCUCAUAGAUCAUAGGGCUGACCUGGCUGUGGCUCCUCUUACCAUCACCUAUGUGCGGGAGAAAGUCAUUGACUUCUCUAAGCCCUUCAUGACCUUGGGUAUCAGCAUUCUCUACCGGAAGCCCAAUGGUACAAAUCCAGGUGUCUUCUCCUUCCUCAACCCUCUGUCACCGGAUAUUUGGAUGUAUGUGCUCUUGGCCUGCCUGGGAGUCAGCUGUGUACUCUUUGUGAUAGCAAGGUUUACACCCUACGAGUGGUAUAAUCCCCACCCAUGCAACCCUGACUCAGAUGUGGUGGAAAACAAUUUUACUUUACUAAAUAGUUUCUGGUUUGGAGUUGGAGCUCUCAUGCAGCAAGGAUCAGAGCUGAUGCCCAAAGCUCUAUCGACCAGAAUAGUUGGAGGGAUAUGGUGGUUUUUCACCCUAAUCAUCAUAUCAUCCUACACUGCCAAUCUGGCUGCCUUCUUGACAGUAGAGAGAAUGGAGUCCCCCAUAGACUCAGCUGAUGAUCUAGCAAAGCAAACCAAGAUCCAAUAUGGGGCAGUCAGAGAUGGCUCAACGAUGACCUUCUUCAAGAAAUCAAAGAUAUCUACCUAUGAGAAGAUGUGGGCUUUUAUGAGCAGCAGGCAGCAGACUGCUCUGGUAAAAAACAGUGAUGAGGGGAUCCAGCGAGUGCUCACCACUGACUACGCUCUACUGAUGGAGUCUACCAGCAUUGAGUAUGUGACUCAAAGAAACUGCAACCUCACUCAGAUCGGAGGACUCAUUGACUCCAAAGGUUAUGGAGUGGGAACACCUAUCGGAUCUCCUUACCGGGAUAAAAUUACAAUUGCUAUUCUUCAAUUACAAGAAGAGGGGAAGUUGCAUAUGAUGAAGGAGAAGUGGUGGAGAGGUAAUGGUUGCCCUGAGGAAGACAGCAAAGAGGCCAGUGCUCUAGGCGUAGAAAAUAUUGGCGGCAUCUUCAUUGUCCUGGCCGCUGGACUGGUCCUUUCUGUAUUUGUAGCCAUUGGAGAAUUUCUAUACAAAUCAAGGAAGAACAAUGAUAUCGACCAGUGUCUCUCUUUCAAUGCCAUUAUGGAAGAGCUGGGCAUCUCACUCAAGAAUCAGAAAAAGUUAAAGAAAAAGUCAAGAACUAAGGGGAAAUCUUCCUUCACAAGUAUCCUUACUUGUCAUCAGAGACGAACUCAAAGAAAAGAGACUGUGGCAUGAUCCCAGAAAACAUCUGUAGGAAACUUUCAGGGAACAAAAAAGGAUAUACUCAUGACAGAUUUCUGGUGAAAGAAUUUCUGGCAGGCAUGCAAAGACAUCACAAAUAUCUGUGCAUAUAACUCAGGUUAUAUGUACACAAAAGUUCACAUCAACAGAUACUACUUGGGAAAUGGCGCUGUUUCUUUUGAAAUGAAUUUGUAUGCUCAUAUAUUUUGCAUUUUCUCUUUCUCCUCCAAAUAAAUUGCUGUCUGUGCUUUCUAAAUAAUAAUAAAACAGCAGGGUUGUUU